GAGUGAGGGAAAGCCUGAGUAAAGUCGAGAAGGUGUGUAAAAGGUGAAGAUUUAUUCCACACAGUGUUCUUCCUCUCUUCUUCCUUGUCUCUCGCAAAUAGUCCCUUUCUGUUCUUUCCCCCUUGAAUUUCUCGUCUCCCCUACAAUUGCUCUUCUGCGCUAUAUCUAUAGAACAAAAGCCUGAAUCUCAUUGUCUCGUAGCUACAAGGUUACCCGCAUGAUUACAAUAGCCCGGCCAAAGAAAGUCGUUGGCGGUGGAUAUCCUCAUGAUUCUUCUGAUGUUUUAGAAUUCCUAGAUGCUGAUGAAUGAGCUGCUGCGAUUUUCUCCUGCGCUUGACCUCCUACAUUCCUGGUGUUCUCCCGUCCUUGAUCCUCUUACGUCCCUGGUGUUGUCCCCUUCUUUUCGGCUACCCCUUGAUUUUUUUUGCGUGCCUCCUCUGUCCUUCCUUCUAUACUCGCCCUUGAUCUUUCAAUUGUGGCAUAGUUAAGAAUGGUGUCGCAGGGGAUUUGCACUCCCCGUACCCAAAGAAAGAACGUUUACUUCGAGUCAUUGUUUCUGAUAUCUCUCUUCACGUAUAUAAGUUGCGCAUACCCAACGUCCUGCACCGACACACAUCCUAUCCUACCUCAAGACCCUCGAUUCGCAAAAGCACUCUCAGCACUCCCAACAACUACUCCAAGAACCAUCGCAAGCACCGUCGCAAGAGCGCCACCGACGCCUACACCUAUCAAGCACAACCCUCUCCAAAACACAAACCUCCCCCCCCCCCCCCCCCACCAAACAAACAUGAAGAGCUUCGCUACCCUGGCUGUCCUGUCACUCCUUGCUCAUUCUGCCCACGCUUGGUGCAUGAACGGAAAUGACAAAGACGCGAUUGACUUCGCCGAUCUCAAAGACGAAUGCGGCAACAUUGUCAAGUCGGGCGACGUGUUUGUCUUGUACGACGAAAUCAACGGCAACUAUAUCGGCAGCGGUGAAAAGAAUUGGCUCACGCCGACCAAGACUGCUCCAGCAGGGUUUUUCUGGCAGGCUUCGCCCAGUAACCCGACCAUCAAGUAUCUAAAGGGCACGGUGGGCGAAAACUGCUCUGUCCGAAAUAAGGCAUGGCUUGGUCAUAGCGGUCGGUAUAUGGCCCCCGACGGUUGUAAUGGUGGCGGUUUCCUGGAAUUCAGAAAAUGGGAUGAGGGUCAGUGCACGUCGAAAUGGUGUUAUCAGAUUGGUCUGCUGACUGGCGACCAACCUGUUAAUGGUGCCAUCGCCAAUUAUGCCUCGGACGGAUACUUGCAUCUUGUGGGCGCAAAUUGUGCAGACAAGGAAUUUAAGUGGGUGCUUAAAAAGCCAAAGGAUGGAGUGGCUUGGAAGGCAACAUAUAACCUGGAUGACCUUCAGACCUGUUAAAUCAACAUGCUUCAUUGUCUCUUCCCCUUCCCCUUCCUCUUUCCCUUUUGUCUCUGUACCUUUCCUCCCUUCCACUUUCCCUCGUUCUUUCUCCUGUUUACGCCCGUCAAUCGUUUAUUUUAUUUUUUUUGUUUUUAUUAUGGAUAUGUCAAAGUCAAAGUCUGGUAUACGUCCAACUCUGCCCCUGGCUGCAAUGUUGAAAAGACAAAUAAAAAGUGAUGAUGUAAAACUGAUUCCGCG